AAAGAAAAGGCACUCCCUACUGGAGAUAUGUUCCACGCAAAACGAUCUCUAGAGAUCCCGAGGGUCGUGGGCAGCGUGUAGCUUCAGCGCGAUGUAUGUCCCUGCGCCGUGAAGUUGUCGCCUUUUGAUUCCAAGAACACGACAGCGAAAGAUUUGGCCAAGGAAAGAUCCGGGCCUCGGCCGUGCAGUGCCGUGACUUCCUUGGUUUUUUGCCUUUCAUGGCCGGCCCGUUUGCUGUGAAUCUAUUCCCCUGUUCACAUUCCCAUUCGCUUUUCUGCACCGUACCGCAAGACCCAUAGGGAGAUUCUAGACACUGAGGUCGAAGCUCGUUGUUUCGAGAAAAAUGGCGAAGGCGGUUCGUUUCUUCGUGCUCAACACCGGGGCCAAGAUCCCCUCCGUCGGGCUGGGCACUUGGCAGUCCGAUCCCGGCGCCGUAUCCGCCGCCGUCACCGCCGCCAUCAAGAUUGGGUACAGGCAUAUUGAUUGUGCUCAAGCUUAUGGCAAUGAGAAGGAGGUUGGUUCUGCUCUCCAGAAAUUAUUCAGUGAGGGUGUGGUGAAGCGUGAGGAUUUGUGGAUCACUUCCAAGCUACGGUGUCAUGAUCACGCACCAGAAGAUGUUCCCAAGGCAUUAGACAGAACCUUGGAGAACUUGCAGCUCAACCAUCUGGAUAUUUACCUGAUCCACUGGCCCGUGAGCUUGAGGAAGGGCUCGGUCGGCCUCAAGCCUGAAAACCUUACCCAGCCAGACAUACCCAGUACGUGGAAAGCGAUGGAGGCACUAUACCAUUCAGGCAAGGCUCGAGCUAUUGGAGUGAGCAACUUCUCCUCCAAGAAGCUCGGCGAUUUGCUGGACAUCGUGGAAGUUCCUCCUGCUGUCAACCAAGUGGAAUGCCACCCUUAUUGGCAGCAAGGGAAGCUGCGCGAGUUUUGCAAAUCCAGGGGCGUCCAUUUAUCGGGUUAUUCGCCCUUGGGUUCCCCGGGCACGGGAUCUAUCAAGAGUGAUAUCCUUAAGAAUCCAGUCAUUGCUACCAUAGCAGAGAAACUGGGCAAGAGUCCGGCUCAGGUGGCACUUCGUUGGGGACUUCAAAUGGGCCACAGCGUGCUUCCCAAGAGCACAAACGAAGCAAGAAUCAAGGAAAAUUCCGACGUCUUCGACUGGUCCAUACCCAAUGACUUGUUCUGCAAGUUUUCUGAAUUACCUCAGGUGAAACUUAUCAAGGGCACUGGCUUUGUGCACGAGACUCUGGGUGCGUACAAGACGGUUGAAGAACUUUGGGACGGCGAGGUUUGAAUAGACUUGAGCAAGCAUCUGAAGCAUGAUGGCUGCGGUUUUUGUAGACCCACUUAGCUACUAUUUACUUUCGUAUUAGCUGAGUAUGCCCAUGAAUUCUGCUGAACAUAAUAUUCGAACAUCUUAUUAGCUUUUUAGGAGGCGUCACUGCUUGCGUUUUCUUGUCUUGUACAUAUCACCUGCUAGUAUGGAUAGUCCAUGUUUAUUUGUUCCGUUC